UUUUUUUUUUUUCUUAUUUUCUUUAUUCUUUUAUCAUCAUGUUUAUUAAAUCAAUUACUUCAAGAACUGCUUCUCGUAUGACGAAACGAUUCACAGCCUAUCAAACAGGUAGUGAAGGUGCCACUGCUCAAUCUGGUUCUUUUGGUCAAAAGGAAAAAGCCAUUGAAAAUCAAUGGGCUCGUGCACAUGAUGCUGAAAAACUCAAGAUUCUUCGUGAAGCUUUAGCCAAACAAGAAAAAGAAACGGCUCACUUAAAAAAGAAUAUUGAAGACUUGGCAAAGAAGCAUACAUCUUAAGAUAUGGGUGAGAAAAUAAAUAACAAUAAAAAAAAGCACCGAAACAAUUCUUUUAUUUUUUAUUUUAUUUUAUUUUUUUUUUUUAAAGGACUCUAAGCAGUCAUGUAAGUGUUGAUAUCAACU